GUUGACAAGGAGCUGAAUCAAGAUGGCGCUGCGACCAGGAUCGGGAGGCGGUGGCGGCGCCGGAGGCAGCGGGAGUGGCUUCAUGUUCCCAGUAUCAGGGGGAUUAGUUCCUCCCCAAGGAAUGACACCAAUGCAGCAACAACAGCAGCCGCAGCAGCAGGGAUACCCCAUGGUACCUUUGAUGCAGCCUAACAUGCAAGGCAUGAUGGGAAUGAAUUUUGGUUCGCAGAUGCCUCCUGGAUCAAUGCCGAUGCAGGGUGGAAUGGCAAUGGGUCCAAUACCAUCAGCUGGAAUGCCAUAUAUGCCACAGCAUCAUUACAUGGCAAUGCGUCCUUCUCCGCCACAAUACACACCGGAUAUGCAAAAGCAGUUUGCUGAAGAGCAACAAAAACGGUUUGAACAGCAACAAAAGAUGAUGGAAGAGGAACGGAAGCGGCGACAAUUUGAAGAGCAAAAGCAGAAGCUUCGUCUUCUGAGCAGUGUAAAGCCUAAGAUGGGGGAGAAAAACAGAGAUGAUGCCUUGGAAGCCAUUAAAGGAAACCUUGCUGGGUUCACAAGGGAUGCAAAGAUGCACCCAGGCCCUACUUCACAUUCCAGUAAAUCAGAUACUCCCCAGUCAUCCCUAUCAACUGCCCCUCCUUCCCAAUCCCCUGCUUUUUCUGACGACGAAGAAUUCAGUGACUUUGUCCAAGGGCCUGAUUCUGCCGCACCUGCGGCUCCCACCAGUUUCCAGCAUUUCCAACCCUUCCACCCCACAUUAGAGUGUGGGCUGCAGUCUGAGCUGGCUGCAGCUCCGGCCCAGCCUGUUACUUCAGUCCAUCCCAAAGCUUCAUCUGCAUUGUAUGCCACAGCAGGGCAUUCAGCAAAAAACAGCCAAGGCCUGUCAUUGGAAGAGAAAAUGUUUGCUUCCUGUGAUUUCAGCGCGCCUAAAAAGGCGCACAAUAAAUUUAACAAGUCUGAGCCAAUGGCCCGUAUAGGGUCUAAAGCCUCAGUCUCGACUCAGUUUCAGCCCAGUGCCAAGGCCUGUAACUGGGGCAUCCAGUCUGAAAGCCUCAAUGGUGUCUUCACAGCAGACAUGCCAAAGGAUCCAGAGCCAGAGUCACCUGCCAAAGAGAGUGGUGUAGGAGUGUACCCUUCACAGGAUACACUUCAGCCUAUGCUGCCUCCUUGGCUUUUCAAUGACAGUCUUGUCCCAGAACUCUACAAGAAAGUUCUUGAAGUCACUCUCACCCCUGUGGGCAUUGAUACAGCAAAACUUUAUCCUAUUCUUCUCUCGUCGGGAUUACCCAGAGAGAUGUUGGGUCAGAUAUGGGCUUUUGCUAAUCGAGCAACACCCGGCAAACUUACUAAAGAGGAACUGUAUACUGUAUUGGCUAUGAUAGCCAUGUCACAGAGGGGCAUUCCUGCAUUGAAUCUUGAAAAUCUCAACCAGUUUUCAUCUGCUCCUAUUCCUACGUUAAGUGCGUUGCCGAUGACUUUACCGACUUCAGUUCCACAGCAGCCCAUGAUUUCGGUGCCAUCCGGUCCAAGUGCAAGUCUGUCUGUUCAAGCAGGCCAGUCUAUGGUAGGAAUGGAUCUUCCUGCACCAGUGGGUGGCAGCACAGUCCCAGUUUCCAGUAGUUUUGUGGCAUCUUUUCCUGCCAGCCAGGCUGCAAAAUCUGAUGAUGAUGACUUCCAGGAUUUUCAGGAGGCUCCCAAGCUUAAUGCAACUGAUGAUUCAUUCAAGGGAUUCAAGGGUGAAGCAUCUGGAACUUUAUCAAAAGCAUCAAGCUCACAAACUGCAGUCAGUGCACAUACUUUACUGACGCCAAUUUCAGGAACCUCUGCAUCGUCUUCAGUGGAUAAAUAUGCAGUCUUUAAAGACUUGACAGAAGACAAACCUGCAGAAAGUUCAUCAUUUGCAGAUUUUGGUGAUAAAUACAGUGUGUUUCGGGAGCUUGGUCAGAGCACAGAGAGCAAAUCCUCAGGGGAGGGCUUUGCAGAAUUCAAGUCACCGGGAAAUGAUGAUGGAUUCACAGACUUCAAAACUGCAGACAGCAUUUCACCAGUAGACUCUUCAGAGCAAGCAAAGACAUUCACAACGGCUUUUCCUCCUGUGCCAUUUCUUCCACAACUACAACCUGUAACGCAACCUAAAGACACUUUCAGUCUCACAGACCUUUUUAACUCUGUCAGUUCUUCUGGAGAGAACAAAUCUGUAUCAUUUCCAUCAGUUUCUGUGACAUCAUCCAUUACAUCAUCUGUGUGUGUUGCACCAUCAUUGCCAUCAUCACUCUCAUCCGGUACUUUUUCCUCAUCUAGUAGCAGGACUGUUGGCGGAGUUGAUGACUUUGGAGACUUCAGUCUUUUUGGCAUUGCAUCCAGUACUACUACAGGUGGGGAAUGGGGUCAGGAUGAAUUUGCAGAUUUUAUUGCUUUUGGCACUACUGGAUCCUCUGAACAAAAGUCAAAUGAUAAGUACAGUGUAUUCAGGCAGGAGAAGAAUGAUGGCUUCACAACAUCUUUUGAUGCCUCACUUGGCAUAGCAGAACAGCCUCCAGCCUCCACUGUAGACAAGUAUGAUGUUAAACAGUUACCUGAGGAAGGGUCUGUGAUGGGCUUUGAGGAGCAAAAAGACAGCACCUCUCUUUCACAAGGGAAGAAUGACGAUGACUUUCCAGUUACCAAGUUGCCCCUUACAUUUGGCACCUCCGAUAAGGCUUUCAUGGAUAAACUUUCUGCUUUUAAGCAAGCAAAAGAGGACUCUGCUUCUGUGAAAUCUUUGGACCUUCCUUCUAUUGGUGGGAGCAGUAUUGGUAAAGAGGACUCAGAAGAUGCCUUAUCUGCUCAGUUUGACAUGAAGUCAGCUGAGGUUGGUGGUGAUCUGAAGCAUGUAUUGUCAGACAGCUCGCUGGAUUUGCCACCUGUCAUUGGUCAGCCACCUCCUGUUACAGAUCUGGAUGACUUUAAGUUUGACCCGUUUGGUAACUUCAGCAAUGGCUCUGCAGUGAGCAGUUUAACCAGUUAUGAUUGGUCUGAGAAAGAAGACUCUGGCUCCCAGAUUAAGAAGCAGCCACCAUUCUUCUUUAAUUCAGAGGGCAGAUCCUUAUCCUCCACCUCAGUGCUUCAGAAGAAAGAAACUUCUUUCGGCAGCUCCGAGAACAUCACUAUGACGACUGUCUCCACGGUAACAACAUUCUCAGCUGAGGAUGCAAGCUCCCAACACAAGUUUGAUGCCUUUGGAGACUUCAAAGAGACUGCAGAGCAGACUGCAGAGAAAAAGGGAAGUAGUAAUGACUUUGGGGACUUUGCAAUUACUUCACAUAGGGAGGGAGAGAUUACAGAGCCUAAUGUGGCAGAAUCAACUCUGGGUGAUGCAGAGCAAAGCACUGAGGUCCCUGUCACAAAUGGGGUUUCCUCCGAAGAAACAAAAACUGAAGCCUUUGAUGAAUUUGGGGAAUUUCAAAGUGAAAAGCCCAAAAUUAGUAAAUUUGAUUUUCUAAUGGCUAGUUCCCAGGGAAAGGUGAAAUCCAGUGAAGAGAUGAUCAAGAGUGAAAUGGAAACAUUUGACCUUUCUGUACAAGGAUCUCAUAAAAGGAGCCUGAGCUUGGGGGAUAAAGAAGUAACCCGUGCUCCACCACCUUCAGAGCAGACUUUCAGGGACCGUUCAAAUACACUAAAUGAAAAACCAGCAGCACCACUGCCUGUCAUCAGAGACAAAUACAAGGACCUAACUGGAGAAGUGGAGGAAAAUGAACGCUAUGCCUAUGAAUGGCAAAGAUGCUUAGAAAGUGCAUUGCAGGUGAUCAACAAGGCCAGUGAGACUUUGAAUGGAAUCAGCAGCUCAACUGUGUGUAGUGAAGUCAUUCAGUCGACCCAGGGCAUGGAAUAUCUCUUGGGGGUAAUAGAGGUGUAUAGAGUAACCAAACGUGUUGAGCUUGGAAUCAAAGCCACAGCAGUAUGCAAUGAGAAACUUCAGUUACUGAUGAAGGAAAUAGAGAGGAUUUGGAGUAGUCUUAUGAUAUUCAUGGACAUGGGAAUGCACCCAAUAACGCAUUAUUUUACAUUAUGACUGUGAUGGAAAAUCUAAACAUUGAAUACACACUAUCUGAAUCUUAAUUGUAAAUUUAAUCCAUUUCAGCCAGAUGAAAACUCUCUGGAUUUCUCUUCCUGCAUCCUGCGUCCUGGAAUAAAAAAUGCAAAAGAGCUAGCCUGUGGAGUUUGUCUGCUAAACGUUGACUCCAGAAGCAAGAAGGAAGAAAACUUGGAGGAUCAUCCGAAACAAGCCUUUAAUUCGGAGAGUGACAAUUUUAAGUUAUCUUAUGGUGGUCACCAGUAUCAUGCCAGCUGUGCCAAUUUCUGGAUUAAUUGCGUGGAGCCUAAACCGCCAGGCCUCAUCCUACCAGACUUGCUCUGACACAUUGUCAUGGGAACUGGAUGCUGUUAAACUUGUCCACUUCUUGCACCUCAUUGACAUUUCACACAAAUCAGUGGAUGAUACAGGGUAGCCUGUGAAAAAAUCAAUUUGGAACUUUUAUUCUUUUUAAGUAUAUUUAAUAUGUUAUUUACAUGACUUACUGUCUAACAAGCAAGAAUGUUUAAGUUCUCCUUCCAAAAGAUACAGCAGCACUUCAGAUUGAAUCAGACCUAUAGUCGUCUGCUUGUUCCUAGUUACUUGAAAUCCGGAGGUUGCACUUGCAUUCAGUAGUUGCAGCAAAGCAGCAUUGGUUUAGAUGUUAAUAUUUUUAAAUGGGCAGUCUUACUAUGAAGUGUUAAACUCAUUCUGGUUUUCUAAUUAUUGGAAAAAGUACUAAAGCCUUUAUUUUAAAUUAAUUAAAUAUCUGAGUCAAAUGAGUAAAUAUUUCACUUUCGAUCCUUUAGUUCUCUGCCAGGGUUCUGAGUGACAUGAAUGAUAAUGGUUAAGGUGCCACAGGAAGAGGAGGAAUACGCAGCACACCAGUGGAUGUAGAAUUACUCUGAUGUAGAAAUCUUGUCUAGAUGUACACAUUGCUCUUCCUGAAGCCCAGGCAGAACAUGGCAGAGUGUAAAUUGAAACUCAAAGAAUUGCAGAAUGCAUCUUGCAGUACGGAUGCAAUGGGUGUUGUAUACAGCAAGAUGUUGUAAUUGGACAAAGAUCCUCAAUGUGAAAGCUAUCAGAAAGAUUUUAAUUUUUUUGGUUUGUGAAUUUACUAAGUAAUGCAAGUGAUAUGUAGCAAGAUCGUGGGUGCUCUAUUCCAAUAUAUUUAUUUCUCCUCCCAGAGUGUCAAAUUAAAGCCCUCAUGAGCUACCUCAACCAGCCUCUUGAGUCAAAUUGGACAUCCUCAUGUGUCCAAGUAGCUGCACUCAGACUGUAACUUUACUGGGGAUAGCAAUGUAAAAUGAGCAAUGUCAGACCAGCAUCAGUUAUACCUCUCUGCUAUUUGACCUCCAGUAAAAAUAGAACCAACCAGAGAUGUACAACAGACAGCUGAAUCAGUAUUGCUUGUCCUUACAUCAUCCCCCAAGUCAAAAUUAGCCCCAAAAUAUCAAAUAUCUCAGCAAUGGCAUCUUUUGCGCAUUUCUUCAAAACGAGUUGUGUUUUAGGAAUGUAUCGUGGAAAGAAGUUGUAACGUAAAUAUUCAAAAAAUUGAAGCAAUGGUAUCAAUUUUAGUAGGUUUGUUUUAGUUGCCGUCUAAUAAUUAUUUUAAAUCAAAUGUUUUAUCAUGCCCUAUGAAAACAUCCCUGUUUUCUUGGGAGAAGUUCAAUGUUCUUUAACGGUGUACAAAAUAAUUUGAAUUUUUACUAGUUUAGUUCUGUAUGGAAAGGUUUAAGAAUUUAAAUUUCAGCUAUUAUAUCUCUGUAAUGGUCCAUCUCCCUCCCCAUCCUCUGCCCACUGCAUCAGCUCUCAUCCAAUUUCAAUAUCCACACUUUCCUUCCAAUGCAACAUCCUUGUGUGGAUAUUGCAAGAUUCAUGUUAUCUUUGCUGAUGAAUACUGAACUCACAGUGAAACAAGCCCCAUUGAAGUGUGGAAUGCGAUUUAUUUGUGCAAACGGGAUUGGUGAAAGCAGGCUUGAGUGGCAAACUCUGUUACUGAAAUAGGGAAUUUUGUGGUCAUAAGGCCAAUGGUGCACUACCUCAGGAAUUGGAACAUUUGGUGAUUAAAAUGUGGAAUUCUACGGGAAUAAUCUGUUUCAGUAAAGGUUUAGAUGUUUGAUUUUGCUGGGGUACUUUCUUGGAAUGAGUUUUUUUCCUUGCACAUUCACUUAUGGUUUAAAUUCAUGCAGCAGACUUUUUGUUACAUAAUAAACUAUUUCAAGAAACAUUUUUAAUUGUUACGGGAAGAACAGAAAUAGAGCACAUUUAACUUUUGUCGAAACAGAGUCAGGGUGCACUGAAAUUGCAAUCAAUCAGUCUGUGACGAUUACAAAAAUACUCUCCAUGAUCAUGAUCUUUGGUAUUUCAGAGACUCAGCUGUGACUUUGUAGAUUGAAAACCUUGGUUUUAUGUGAAGGAAUACAUCUGAAGUACUCCAAAAAUAACCUUAAUCAUUAGAGAAGGUAAACUCUGAGUAUAUUUGCGUUAUAUAAACUAUUUGAAGGAUGAUUCAACAUUCUUGGUACUGCAGAGAUGUAGGCCAAAUUCUUGACUGUAAUCAGCCCAAGUGGAGGGUAUUUCAUUUGAUUAGUCUAUUAAUGCGCUGUUCUCAACUGAAAAUGCACUUUUUACAUUCCUUUUAUCCACAUUGAUAAUUAUUUUUUGAGUGGUAUUAAUAUGUGUGGGUGGGGGGUUUCACUGUUUUGAUCUACUUUGUCUGAAUUAAUUUUAUUUGACUGUCUGUUUUCCUGUUAUUAACUGUGACCAUUCAAAGUUAAAAAUUAAGAAUGUGAUUCAAGUGUUAAAUCCAUCACCAAAAAUGCUGCAAUAGUGUAUUGCACACUAGACCUUUACUGUUGGGGACUUUUGCAGAUGAAAUAGACAUGACAGGCUAUUGAUAGCAUGCAUUCCUCUCAAUGAUAAACAGUAAUUUUGAUUUGGCAUGGCUUUUAAAUUACAAUUGUAAUAAAGCAUUCAAGUUCAUUAUAGUAUUUGUCAAUAGAUUUUGAUGAUGGAGCCUGCUCUGUAUUUCCAACAUUUUUGUAUUUAGUUUAAAAGUAAUAGAUAAGGAAUUGAGUGUAACAGUCUCUUAUUGGCAGUUUGAUGUAAUCUGAUGCCCUUUUUCCAUAAUGACUCAGUACCAGAGUUAACAUUGGAUUGGAUUCCUUCUCAUUGCCAAUAACUCUAGUGUCCUAGGUUACUGUAUCCAAGGUUACGCUCUAGUUGCUGUAGAAACCUUGUGAAUCGUAAUGGAAUGUGUGGCAGCCAUUCUUGUGCAGCAGGUGUCGUCUACUUAUCGAAACAUCAAUAGAGCAUUAAAGAUUUCAAGUGAAA